GACAAUCAUCUUUGUGAACAAAAUGGCGUCUUAUUGUUUGACUGUCACUAGGCUACAGCUGGCCCUUGGAACCGGGGCGAGGCGACUUCAUGUCUCUGCAGCCUUCAGCGCCAAGGCCAAGGUGGCCAUGAGCCGCUUUGAGCCGGGCACCAGCAUUAACUAUGGGAAGAUGCACGAGAAUAUCAACAUUGUGCGCAGGAGGCUUGGCAGGUCUCUCACUCUGUCGGAGAAGAUUGUCUACGGUCACCUGGAUGACCCAGCAGGGCAGGAGAUUGACCGCGGCCGCACCUAUCUGCGCUUGCGUCCAGACCGUGUGGCGAUGCAGGAUGCCACCGCUCAGAUGGCAAUGCUUCAGUUCAUCAGCAGUGGUCUGCCCAGGGUGGCAGUUCCCUCCACCAUCCACUGUGAUCAUCUGAUCGAAGCUCAGAUCGGUGGAGUUAAGGACCUGCAGAGGGCUAAGGAAGUGAAUGAGGAAGUGUACAACUUUCUUGCAACUGCUGGUGCCAAAUAUGGAGUUGGCUUCUGGAAACCAGGAUCAGGGAUUAUUCAUCAGAUCAUCCUGGAGAAUUAUGCUUACCCUGGAGUGAUGCUGAUUGGUACCGACUCCCACACUCCCAAUGGCGGUGGCCUGGGUGCCAUCUGUAUUGGAGUGGGUGGAGCUGACGCCGUUGAUGUCAUGGCUGGAAUCCCUUGGGAGCUCAAGUGUCCUAAAGUGAUUGGAGUGAAGCUGACGGGAGCCCUUUCUGGCUGGACCUCUCCAAAGGAUGUCAUCCUGAAAGUGGCUGGCAUCCUGACUGUGAAGGGUGGCACUGGAGCUAUUGUGGAGUAUCAUGGACCUGGAGUCGACUCCAUCUCCUGCACUGGAAUGGCCACUAUUUGUAACAUGGGUGCUGAGAUAGGAGCUACUACAUCUGUGUUCCCCUACAACCACCGCAUGAAAACAUACCUGGAUAAGACCGGUCGUGGAGAGAUCGCCUCUUUGGCUGAUCAGUUCCAAGACGACUUGGUCCCAGAUAAAGGCUGUGAAUACGACCAGCUCAUUGAGAUUAACCUGAGUGAGCUGAAGCCCCACAUCAACGGGCCCUUCACUCCCGACCUGGCCCACCCUGUGUCAGAUAUUGGGGCUGUAGCUAAGAAGAGCGGCUGGCCCCUCGAGGUUAAAGUUGGUCUGAUCGGCAGCUGCACUAACUCGAGCUACGAGGACAUGGGCAGAGCAGCCUCUCUGGCCAAGCAGGCGCUGGAUAAAGGUCUGAAGUGCAAGGCCCAGUUCACAGUCACUCCUGGGUCUGAACAGAUCCGCGCCACUAUCGAGAGGGAUGGAUAUGCCAAGAUCCUGAGUGAUGUUGGUGGAGUCGUACUGGCCAAUGCUUGUGGGCCCUGCAUCGGGCAGUGGGAUAGGAAGGAUGUGAAGAAAGGAGAGAAGAAUACUAUUGUCACAUCCUUCAACAGAAACUUCACUGCCAGGAAUGAUGCUAACCCUGCUACCCAUGCUUUUGUCACUUCUCCAGAGAUUGUCACCGCUCUGGCUAUCGCCGGGACCCUCGACUUUAACCCAGAGACUGACUACCUAACUGCACCUAGCGGAGAGAAGUUCAAGCUGGAACCCCCCACCGGUGAUGAGCUGCCCUCCAGAGACUUUGACCCGGGCCAGGACACCUACCAGCACCCUCCAUCUGAGGGACACUCAGUCAAGGUGGACGUAAGUCCCUCCAGCAAUCGUCUGCAACUGCUGGAACCCUUCGACAAGUGGCAUGGAAAAGACCUGGAGAAUAUGAGAGUCCUCAUCAAGGUAAAGGGAAAGUGCACCACAGACCACAUCAGUGCUGCUGGGCCCUGGCUGAAAUUCCGCGGCCACCUGGACAACAUCUCCAACAAUCUGCUGAUUGGUGCAGUCAACAUUGAGAACGAUGCCGUCAACAAGGUCAAGAACCAGCUGACAGGACAGUACGGAGGUGUCCCCGAUGUGGCCCGCCACUACAAGGCAAAUGGAGAAAGCUGGGUGGUGGUUGGAGACGAGAACUAUGGAGAAGGGUCCAGCAGAGAGCACGCUGCCCUCGAGCCACGUCACCUGGGAGGACGUGCCAUCAUUGUCAAGAGCUUUGCCAGAAUCCAUGAGACUAAUCUGAAGAAGCAGGGCCUGCUGCCUCUGACUUUUGCCGACCCCCAGGACUACGACAAAAUUCGCCCCGAUGACAAGAUUUCAAUCACUGGACUGAAGUCCUUUGCUCCCGGCAAGCCCCUGACAGCCGUGAUCAAGCACAGCGAUGGCAGCCAGGAGUCCAUCUCGCUCAACCACACCUUCAAUGAGACGCAGAUUGAGUGGUUCCAGGCUGGCUCCGCCCUCAACAGGAUGAAGGAGCUCCAGUAACUGGUGGGAGAAGAGGGAGGCGGGGUCUGUAGGGGCCCUCGAGGGGCCUUGGAUUGGGUUAAGAAGGAAGAAGGGGAGAGAUGUGGGCCUAGGGAGCGGCUUAGUCAAGAGGAAGGGACGAUGUGUGUUAGGGAGAUAGUAGCCAGACUAAUGUUGGUCUAGGCACAGUUGCGGUUAUGGUCAGUGAAAGAAAGAACGCACACGCACACACACACACACACAUUCACACACAAACACACAAGGUCGCUGUAAAGAUGAAAAGCGCACACACACACAGACAUACGCACUAGCACAUCCACGCACACGCACAGACAGGAUUACUGUGAAAGCGCGACAGGCAGAUAUAUUGCACUCAAUGCACUCAGACAGGCACACAUAACCACAGCUUAGCAGUGUGUGUCUCUGUUAAAGGCAGCGUUGUUCAUCCUGGCAGCACUCCUCAGUUUAGAAUCAGAUUUAUCAAGCUUCUCCGUUCAUUCAGAGUCACCCUGUUGCAUUCAGCUGACUGUUUCUUACACAGCCGCACACUCUCACCAUUGAACGUGGUGAUAAUUUAUUCUUUUUGUGACAGGUGAAUUUCUCUUAAGUGAAAGUUGUCACCAAAAGUCAUUCAAAGCUUCCCUCUAGAGAUAAAGGGCAGGUUGGAAGCAGCAAAGCAGCACUCAUUAUACAACAUACUGUAUAACAUCUUUAAUGACUAUAUAUCUAACGGUAUACAAACCUGAUUCAGACCCUGAAUUUAUAAACUUAUGUACAAAAUAUCCUAAAAUGAAACUGAGCUUUCUCGACUUUAAUAGCAAAAUCUACACCAGCGCUAGACCACUCCUUUCCUCCAUUUCACCUCAUUAAUGUUUGUUACUGUAGUCUCCAUCCAAACAGCUCAGUAAGAUGACUGAGUUGUACAACUCACAUGAAUGCACUUUUCCUACAUUAUGUCCAGACCCAUCAGUCACCUGAAGAACAUGUUUUCCACGUGUUAUCUAUAAUUAUGAUUGACCAAAUCGUCCAUCAUCGCACCGAGCUGCUGGGUUUGUAGCUUUCUGAUGCCAUUAUUAACAAAUGUUUCCUCACUUGCUGUAGAUUAGAGCCACAUUGUAAACUAACUACCACACUCACGUAUUGACUGGAAGCGGGGUCACUAACAUUCAUCGGCCCCAGCGCUGUCAUGGUGCAACUGCAGCCCACCACCAUGUUUUCACUCAGUCUGAGGUGUUUUCAUGCUGUGGUGGUUCACUCCGGUACAUUUCAGCCAACACGUGAAUCUGUGUUGACUCCCAGCUGCUCGUCCUAUGCCUGCCUGCUCAUUCUCAUGUCUUUUUUUGCAUGAUAUAACAAACCCAUUGAGAACAUUUUCCUGUGUAUGUACUUGUCUUCGGCUGGGGCAACAAACCACAACACGUACUGCCAUUGUGUUAGCGCUAGCCUUGCAGUUUUUUCUUCCCAUCUGUGUGCAUCUUUGUCGUGUGUGUGUGUGCGUGUGUGUGUGGUGUGCACGCAUGUGUUUAUGGUGCAUGAUUGUUAUCAGGUUAACGUCAGUGUGUGUUGGCAUCUGUCUGUCCCUCUUUGCUCAUCCUGUCGCUCUCUUCGCUCUGACCAGGCUGGUUCAUGCAGUCCAAACCACGACCUGAUAUGUCUGGGCAAACAGGCAUUUGCAGUCAGACGCUGAAGCUGCACUGGGCAAGAUUUUUAAUGUAAACUAUGACUAGACGUAUAGACACAGGUAAUCUUCUGUGCACAUAGUAAAUUGCAGCGUAACUGUGAUAAAACAGCCAUGGUCGCACGCUGUCCAGAAAAAGUUCUACACUUCACAGAUUGCUUUUUUUUUUUCUCUGUGUUCAAGUUUUCCUCACUAUCAUCUGGAGCUGCCGGUGUGUGAAAUUGCCUGGUGUAGCUGUAAUGGGAGAUGACUGGCUGUGUUUGCCUUUGAGUUGAAUGUUAUUUCAGGUUGAGGUUUGGUCUGCCAUAACACGUGAAGGUCUGCUGUCUUCUUACUCAAACAUACGCACAAUCUAGUGUCCAGAUGCCUGUACACUAGCACUUUGUAGAGUUAGAAAAGUAGUUUUAGCUGUGCUUUGCCACACUUCCUUCAUCCUUUGCAAACAUUUCACUCCUAAGCAUACAUCUCUAUUGUGCGUGACUCUAUAGGACUAACACACAACUUGUAAGAUUACUGAUAAAUGAGUUUUCAGACAGUAGAACAUUUUGUUUCAAGAACAUUGUUGUACUCGCAAACCUUGCCAUGAUGUAUACCUAGAAUGCGCCACUGAAACAGUGAGGUUAUAUAUUUUUGUGGGCUUAGGGAGCUUAGAGGUCAUUGCUUCUGUGUUUUAUGUAGGAGUAUAUCUUAACCUCUUCAAUUCUCAUCAUCUUCAAAAUGAAUCUGUCACUUCUUCGUUCUGCUGUCUAGCAAGUAAAAACCCUUAAUAAUUACAGUUCCUGAGGUAAAUCCCUAUGUACUAAAAAGUCACAGUUUGGACCUGUGUGUAAAUGAUGUGACAUAAAGCUGCACUUUGUAUAGGGGUGUGUACAUAAAUGAUAAAUCAUUAUUUAGAUAUAUAUAUAUAUUGAGAGAGAGAGAGAGAGAGAGAGAGAGAGAGAGAGAGACACAUUGUGUAUGCUGCCUGUCUAAAUGAGAGCUGUUAACUGUGUGACCUCUUGUAACAGUGUUUAAACUGAAACUCCAGUAAUGUAAUGGUUUCACAAACAAGUUGACAUGUCUAUUGUGGGUUGAAUGAAAGUACAUAUAUUGAGUUGUAGCUAUUGGUUGCAGUUGGGCUUCAACAAUGAAAACUAAUGUGUUACUUUUGAUAAAGAAAAUACCCAAACUAGUUUAGAUUUUGUUCAGAUUAUUUUCAGGGACAGAAAUUAUUUGAAAGAGCAACUGCUCAACUUUCAAGACAUCGAUAUCGAUGAUUCCAUACAGGGGUUAUCUAUUCAUAUAUCAUCAGGUUUGAAGCCCUCAUUCAGCCCAGCACUUUGUUGUUAGAACACUCCUCAUCAGAUAUACUGCCAAAGAUGCCUAAACGAAAAAGUCAGAUGUAAAGAAAUGAUGGUUAGUAAAGAAAAAAUGGUUAUUGUGUUGGAAAAAUGACUCAUUAUUAUAUGACCCUUCAUCGAACAGUUUGUCCAUUAUCACCUGAUUAUGUACACAGUGUUUGCUACAGCAUUCACCAGAAUCAAGGGUUCUUUCAAAAAAAUCAAAGUACCGAUUCAUGUGAUCCUCAUCUGUCGCCUGUCAGCACAUCAAAAUAGCCACUUGUGAAGCAGUUUGCUUAUACUGUGAUGUAAGAAAAUGCUUUGUUCUCCAGGCAUUGAGUUUUAAAACCGCUACUGUAAAGUGACAAAUGUUGUGUAUGAACGCAUGCCUAUUGUGUCAUUUUGUACUCAGGUGUGCUGUGUUUGGUCAGGCUUCCUCUGAUGUGUCUGAAAAAUCAAAUUUUCAACACGCUUCAUUCAAACAGAUGUCCUCUGAUAGUGAUGAUUCCCCUCACACUCCUGUUUCAGCAUUGAACUUGAUUUUGUAAAUGUAGAUGAUAAAUUAAUAAAGAUUUAAUUCUGACCUGA